UUCCCCCACCUCCCCUCAUCCUCUUUCCCCCUCCCUCCCUCUCCUUGUAUACCGUACGAUUUCUUCCACCUCUUCUUAACCCACCUCCAUCCCUUUACCCCAAUCACGACGCCCAAUUGAACCUCUUCACUUACCGUCUAAUCACUCAAAACCCACAAUGUGUCCUCCCGCGAUCAUCGCCCCCUCCAUCCUGAGCGCCGACUUCGGCACCCUGGGCAGCGAAUGCUCGACCAAGAUCGCCCAGGGCGCCGAUUGGCUGCACGUCGACAUCAUGGACGGCCACUUCGUCCCCAACAUCACCUUUGGCGCUCCUGUCGUGUCUGCGAUCCGAUCCCAUGUCGCCCGUCCCACGGAAGCCCACGGCAAGGGCACCUUUGACUGCCACAUGAUGAUCAAAGAGCCGCACAAAUGGGUGAAAGAGUUCAAAAAAGCCGGCUGCGACCUCUACUGCUUCCACUACGAAGCCGCCGUCGCCUCCGUCGCGGCCACCGAGCCCGCCGACACGACCACCACGCGCCACACCUCCCCCAAGGAGCUGAUCCGCUACAUCCACGAGCAAGGCAUGCAGGCCGGUAUCGCCAUCAAGCCUGAUACCCCCGUUGAUGUGCUGUGGGAGAUUCUGGAGAGUGAGGAUGCGAAGGAGAAGCCGGACAUGGUCCUCGUAAUGACAGUACACCCUGGCUUCGGUGGUCAAAAGUUCAUGGCCUCCGAGCUUCCCAAGGUCAAGGCGCUCCGCGAGCGCUACCCGGACCUCAACAUCGAGGUCGACGGUGGUCUGGGGGUUGGCACGAUCGACCAGGCGGCCGAGGCGGGCGCCAACGUCAUCGUCGCGGGGUCGGCGGUCUUUGGCGCCCAGGACCCGGCCGACGUGAUCGAGAAGCUGCGCCAGGCGGUGAACAAGUACCGGAAAGAAGAGUAAAGCCCCCCUGUCAAUCCCAGAAUAUACCUCUUCCUUUGGUUAAUGUACAUUGUGUGUAUGUUUGUCUGCGUGAAUAUACCAUGAGCAUUCUCUCUACUUCAUGUGGUUGAUGUCUAAUUUCUUUUCUAUCGGUUGCGCUUUCGCUCGGUUUUAGUACCCCACUCAGUAUGUUGUAGAUUUGCGAAGAUAAAGGUUUGGAUGCAAGAAGUCGGGUUGGUUUUGCAGCUAAGAG